AUGACGACAAAACGCUUAAUUUUGCAAAAUACAUCCCGAAUCUACGACCCGCUUGGUCUGCUUAGCCCUGUGACGGUCAAGGCAAAGAUAUUUCUGCAAGAAAUAUGGAAGCAGAAGUAUGACUGGGAUACAUCACUUCCAACAGAAUUACAACAGAAGUGGAUUACCAUAGCAUCAGAUUUAAAUAGUGCAACACAGACGAAAAAAAGCAUAGUAGCAGACGACACUUACCAUCUACAUAUCUUCGUGGACUCUAGCUCCCAGGCACACGGGAGUACAGCAUACAUAUGUAAAGGAAACCAGUCAAUGCUGAUAAUGACGAAGAACCGAGUUGCUCCGCUUAAACAACUUACUUUGCCCAAACUCGAACUGAUGGCAGCUAUUACAGGAGCACGGAUGUCACAACAUCUUCGUCAAACUUUGGAAAGUAUACAGCAGAAGACAUAUUACUGGUCCGACAGCCAGAUUGUCUUACAUUGGCUCGGAUCUAAAGAAGCAACCAACAGAUUCGUUAGAGCACGUGUAACGGAGAUCAAAAAAAUAACCGGAAAUGCAACAUGGCGAUAUUGUCCCACGCACUAG